CUUGCCUGCCUGCCAGCCUGCCGUCCGUCCUUACGUCCGUCCGUCCGCCGUUUGGAUCUAUGGUUGUGUGCGGUGGAUUUCGUGACGUUAACCUGGCGGCCCUGAAAACACCGUGUGGACCGGCCGCGCCGAUUUUCGUGCCGCAGCAGCGAGACACCGUGUCGUCGUCGGGUCGCGAGUGCGCGAGAACGCGAGUGUUUUUUAAUCGCGGUGGCCCGUUGUCGCUGUCGCCGCCGUCGUCGCCGCCGCCGCCGCCGCCACCGCCGCCGCCGCCGUCGUCGUCGUCGUCGUCGUCGUGGUGGUUGUUGCUCGCUAACGCCGGUGCAACUAUCGGCGAAUGUCACAUCGCUAGGGAAUACGAUAUACCGAGGGAAUAAGUUCGCCGCGGGAGGAGGGAUUACUGCUGGUGUUGGGAGAGAGGAAAUUCUCGGCCACUGAGGUCGGACACUCGGCAACUUGGAUGGAAACGACGGCGAGAAGAAGGAAACGUGGAGGCGGCGGCACGCAGAGGGUAUCGAGAGAGGCGCGUCGUUUAGUCGCGUAAAAGGCGGAUGAAGGAGAGGAGAAGAGAAGGAAUCACUAUUCGUUGGGAUCUUAUCGGAAGCACGCGAUCACGGGACCCUAGGGUGUUUUCCUUCUCGGACUUUUGGCUGUUUCACGAUUUUCCACGUGUGUGUUUUCGCGAAUGUUUUUCGGGGUUUCCCUUGUCUCUCCCUCUUUCUCUUUCUUUUCCCUUCUGCGUAGAAAGCAUAAGAUGACGCAAAACCCAUCGAAUGAUAGGAUUGUAAUUUCAUACAAUUAUCGCGCGUAAAAUAAAUGAUAUAAUUGUAUUGAAAACAAUUUUAAUUUCUCUACGCGAUUAAUUUAAAAUGUCUCAUUUAUAUUUACUAAAUGUAGUUUUAGUAAAAAAAUAUUUUUAGUAUAUCUAUAUUUUUUUAACAUAGCUAUUUGUUAAUUUGUCGGUCCACUCAGGACAAAGAUACAUAUUUUCAUAAGAUUAAGAAAUCGACAAUUAUCUUAGCUCCAGCUAUUCCUUUUGUUAAUGACGAUGAUAAAUUACUCGAUCAUUGAUUACCGAUCGCUGAUUAUUCGGAAAUUUUAUUAGUCACAUUAAUUUCGGUAGUACCUCUUGUCCAAUACCAAAUUUGUCAGGGGGAAUUAGCGGGGUUCGAUCGCCGGCGAUGAAAACGUAGGCAACGUUGAUAGCGCGGUUCCGUCGUGGGAACGAUAACGAGCUCUCCGCCGUGGCGCGGCGGCAACGGGGACGAUAUUAAUAACGGCGAUGACGAGUCGCAGGUGGAAUACAGAGCGCAGGAGGUGCGCGGGUCAAUGAGGAAAUUCUCGGGCGCGCGAGGUGCGCCUACCUUGAAUGCUACUAGCAGAGGGGAACGGAGUGGGACGAAUAUAGGAGUGUGUGAGAGAGAAAGAGAGAGAGAGAGGGUGGUGGAAUGGUAGGGAUAACCGAGAGCGGAACGAAGUGUACCGAGAGAAAACGAACGACGGGCGCAACAAAACCCGCCGCCGACGGUGCACCAACGGUGCGAGGAGGCCGACAAACGCGGAUCGGAGAAAUAUGCGGACCUUUGUGCGAACAGCUGAACCGGAAGUCGAGCGGACAGCGCGCCUCUUCUAAUCGUCCGUCACCGCCGAUAUAGGCUCAGUCGGCUCUCAAACGGCCGACUGAGAAGGCGACGGCGUGUCUCUCGUCUUACGAUUACGUCUAGGUUGACCGAAUCGAAAGGUUGCCGGAAUCGGAGAAAUUCUGAAUUUGCCUAAUAAAUCCCAUAUGUUGUAAGAUUCUUUAUUUUUGUCCAUCUUCGGAAUGUGUUAGGAAGAAAACAUACACCCGGUGUAUACGAAAUAAAAACAUCUGCCGAUUUGAAUAUAAUAUAUCAACGCCCGAUUUUCACUUUUACAGCGCGAUUUAAUUUGAAUAAAUAUUCCAUAUAAAUUUUUCAUAUAAAUAUGAAAUUUUCCAACAACUGUUUAUUGCAACAUGAGAAACUCGCAAUUAUUAUCGUGUUCUUAAUUAAACGCGCCUAUAUUAAAUCACUGCGCGCGCGCGUGUCUCUACUAUUUGUGUUCUUUUAAUAUAUAUUCGGAUAUUAAAUUGUCUAAAUUAAAAUCAGUAAUUUAUCUUUACCGAAGGCUGAACAUCUGCUACAUUUGUAUUGAGAGAAAGAAAGAGAUAUCGUUUCUUGUGAUACAUAUAUUGGCACGUAUUUCGAUAUUAAUAGCAUCGUACCUCCAUUCCACGCGGAACACGUGCAGCGCGUGUGUCUUCUAUGUAAUGACGCGUACAUAUACACGAGCCUGUCGGGUCGGUGCAAUGCUCUUCGAUUAAACAACGCGUGUCGCGGUUAUUUCGCCGUAAAACGAAACCGACGACGAUAGCGCGACGUGAUUCAAAAUACUCGGGGUGAGAUUGCGUAAUCGAGGUGUACUAAUCUAGGAAACCGAAACCCUUCGUAAUUAUUUGGCGUCCGCGUGUGGUCAGCAUCUAAAUUUACCAUUUCCGAUUUACAAACUUAUUCGGAUGAAAAUAAACAUGAUAUAAUAGGAUAAACAACGAUGAGAUAUAUCGCCAACAUACGGGCAUGAUGGAUUAUAGGAAUGAGAUGCAAAUGAGACAAAUACGCGUGAAUAUGCAUUACUUGUAUAAUUAAUCUAAAUUGAAUAAAUCUUGCGAAAAAAAAAACGAUAAAUAAAUAUAAAAUUUUAUAAGAGAGAGCAAAUGUGCUUAAAAAAAUAUUUUAUAAAACAAGAGCGAAAAAAAGUUCACAAAAAGAUUCCUUCGCUUUUCGAAUCGGUCACGUCGAAUCGUUUCUCGCGCUCGAUCGCACCUCAGUAAAGUUAUCCGCGCUUUAUCGCGCGCGCAUGCGCCUCGCGAGGCGCGAAGUUGCGUGCGUUCUCCUCGCGUUCCAGAGAGCCGCGCGCGUUCGUUGCCGAUUCUGCGAGUGCGUUAAUUCGACACAUUUUCCACAAAAUCCCAUCCUUUUCACAGAGAUCGCAGCGGAAGCGGCGACGCGAAGAACAGACGGAGAAGGAAGAGAAAGAAGAGACGUGAGUUUGGGCGAUUC